AUGUUUCGAUAUCAGCCAAAUGAAUUUGAAACAAUCGAGUGUCCUGAUCUAGAGCGGUAUGGCGUCUGUACGGUAGUAAAUUGCAUCUUCAAGCAUGAAGUGAAGAGGAAAGGGGAGUCACAAGAGACUGAGAUACCCGUUAAAAGAGCAAAAACGGAAGCGCCCAAUCCAGAAGAAGUUGAGAAGAAACAGGAUCUAUCUUUCAUAAUCACGCGAGCAUUGACAACUGGUGUAACGAUACCACGAGCUGAACGGCUAGAAACUGCCAAAAAGAUAGCCGAGUACCUUGUAAAGCAUAAGCUAAGCGAGACACCGAAUCGAACGGCAGUCGACAAAGAAUAUGGCCUUGCAACCCUGAGUAAGAGUGCCGACGAAUACCGGCGUAAGGUGAAAAGCUUCUUGGGUGAGAAAGAUAAAGCUACGACGGAUCCACGUUAUAUCAUGCCUCGAACGGUCAAUCCGGCUCCUGAAACGCUUCCUCAAAGAAAGAAGUUCAUUGAGCUCAUGGUAAAGGCGGUUAUGACCAAUCAGCGUCACAUUGAAACGCCGAAGGCAUUCUGCAUUGAUGAGGAGUUCAAAAUCGCAUGCAACAAUCCAGGAAAGGCUUCCUACACUCACGCUAUAAAGAAGAAGAUAUAUGAGAUCAGCCAUCCGGAGAAGGUGAAGCCUGCGAAGGAGGUGGGCUUUAGUAAGGCCGAGCUUCUAGGCGAGUUAAGGCGAAAUGUCAUCGGCUGUGAAACGCUCGAGAAGUACGGGUUCAUCAUGAGUAUUCCCAAAAACAUCGAGGACUUCAAACAGGACAGAGUGUGUCAGCGCUGCAAGCAGGCGUUUAAGCUCGAUGAAGUACUCAAGAUAGUCGACUGUCGGUAUCAUUUGGGAAAGCCCAUCAAGAACGAUCACAACGAAAGAAUAUACCUGUGUUGUGGCGGCGCACUUGGUGCAACAGACACAGAGUCAUGCGGAAAAUGGAAUCGUCAUGUCUUUUACUGGGAUGGUCCAGAGGAAAUGCACAAGGCGCUUCCGUUUGUCAAGACAAAAGACGUAUGGGGAACGAAAAAAGGUAGCUUGGAGGCCGUAGGCAUCGAUUGUGAGAUGGGUUAUACAGACCGCGGCUUUGAGCUUCUACGAAUAACGGCAAUUGACUUCUUCACAGGAGAAGAGGCAUUUGAUAUACUUGUGAAGCCAAAAGGAACCGUCAUUGAUCUCAACACUCGUUGGUCAGGAGUUGCGGAGAUUAGGCCGGACGCAGUCACAUUCGAGGACGCCAUUGCAUUGUUGGGAGAGGUGAUCGAUUCUAAGACAAUUCUUGUUGGGCAUGGGCUCGAGAAUGAUAUGAAUGCCAUGCGUCUAAUUCACAACAAGAUCGUUGACACCGCUAUUCUUUACCCACGUAACAAGACGUCCCCUACGUUCCGCUACGCACUCAAGAACUUGGCCUUCAAGUAUCUCGGAAGAAACAUUCAGGCGGGCCAGCAUGACAGUGGAGAGGACUCGAUUGCUGCGAUAGACAUCACCAAAUAUUUUCUUACCAAGGAUUUAGAGCGAAGAGCAGAGGAAGAAAAGGCGCAUAGUGGCAGUGUAAGUGCCAGUUCCACGCAGACUGGCGGAGCCGUUUUUCGCCGUCGACCAUCUACCCAAAACGGGUCACAGCUAAGCUAA